AUGACAUCCGACUCCCUCGACACAUAUACAUCUCCGGUCAUAGCGGGCCACAGAGGAUUCAAGGGCGAAUACCCCGAGAACACCCUUACGGGAUUCAACAAGUGCUAUGAAACCGGGGCCACGGUGAUAGAAACAGACCUUUGGCUCACCCUCGACGAAGUAAUUGUCAUCUCCCAUGAUCCCAAUACGAAGAGAGUGUUUGUAGAUUCCGAGGGUAAUGAAACUGACUACAACAUUCCUAAGACUAGCUACGAGGAGGUGUUGAAGUACUUGAAGACAAAAGAAGGUGGAGAACCGCUUCUAACUUUCCGCGAAGUGUUGCAGUGGUUCGUAGACUAUGUGAGCGAAUCCAGAUCUAACAUCCACAAGUUGAUGUUGGAUAUCAAGCGUCUUAAUCCUGCCAAAGUGUUGAAGUUCAUCAUUGGCGAUCUCCUUGCCGUCAACAACGACAUCUCCUGGUGGUUCCACCGUAUCCAGUUGGGUGUAUGGGAUUUAAAUGUCGUCAAAUACAUGAACCAAGACGAGUUCUUCCAGAGUUUAGUCAAGAAUUCUCACGGAAAGAAUCCCUUGGGCUGGGUCUGGUUCGACGUGUUCCAUAUUUCAGUAUCGUGGAGAGACUCCAUCCACUACAUAAACUACAAUUUCUACCUUGAUACACUCAAGGAUGAGGAUAGCAAGACCGGAAUUGUCCGGUUCAAGGUAACAGGAAUUUCUUUGCUCUACUUCCUGACGUGGUCAACAGGAUUUCUCACCAAGUUCUUACCGUUGCUUCGUAUCCAGCGCUUGAAAUUAUACUCUUGGACGAUUAAUACAGCGGUUCAGUAUGACUUCUUGAGCAAGGUCGGGAAAGUAGCUGAUUUGCCAGAGUACGGUGUCAUUUCUGACUAUCCGGACCAGAUGGUGAAACACAAAGAGGAUGAAGAAAGAAAGGAAGAAUUCGAAAAGAACUCUGUUGACGAAUUAUCGAGGUUGACUCCUUCCUCUACUGAUUACUACGACGAGGAUGGCAAUUUGUCGGUGAAGCUAACAUUCAGAAUGAAAUUCGGAAACUACUUCUACGAAAGUUUUCAGGCUUUGGCGGGAUCAAAGAGAAUUACAGAUGAGGAGAAGCAGUUUGAUCUUGAGGUUGAUGAGAAUAAGGUCGCUGUUGUCAAGGUUAGCCAACUUUUCAUCUGGGUUUUUUCUACGUGCCAGAAGUUGGGUAUUUUCUGA